UUAGCCAUGGAGGAAGCUCUGCUAGAUGAUAUGGGACCUAACCGUCACAUGGGGGUUUCCCUUACAUCAGCUGAGCACCGGACCAUACCAUUACCCUGCGACAUAGGGGGCACCGCAGGGAGAACGGCACCAACGGAAAUAAUUACAAAAAAAACAUCUUGACAACAGUAAGUAUUUCAAACGUGUGUCACUCUAAACCGGAAGCUCGUUAUAGAUCCCCGUUGCUGUUUUUAAAUAUUUUUGUCCGAAAACCCCACCCCCCUCAAACCACGGAACAUGGAUGCUUCCUAAAAUGGCGGCGGUUUCUGUCAGUGUGGAGUGAAACUUUCCUAAUUUUAACAAAUAUUUUGUCUAUUUCUAACGCAUGUUGUCGGUUGGAGCUGUCUGGUAAUUAAAAUAAGCAGUAGCGGGAUACGGAGACGCUGGACAGGGGUCGUCCGGACCGAGCUGCGUGGUUCUGGGCUCCGUUUUUGAUCGGCAGACCGCUGGGCUUCCUCUAAGUUGACGGUGCUAACAUUGCGAUCAUAGCGACUGUUGUUGUUAUCAGGCUGAUCCACACUGAACCAGCGGGAGAAUCUGACGCCGGCCGGAUAGAUAGUUAGCUUCAGGUCAAAGAGCGUCGAAAACCAGUCUGCAGCUUCUCAUCCAGUUCGAUCCGUCAGUCAGGGCUGGUUGAGGAUCCUGAGGACGUGUCACGGCGCCUGUCAGCUCAAAUAAACAGCUGGUGUUGGAUGUCACCAUCACUCAGUGUCGGGCUGAAUUUGGUUUGCUAGUAUUAUCCUUUCUGGCAAAUCAAAUGGAGAAGCUCCAGGACCUGAGCCAAUCAGAGCUCCAGGAGCUGCUGGACAACCCGGAGAGGGUGGAGUCUAUGGCCCUUGAGUCUGACGAGAUUCAGAACAUCCAGCUGGAGAGAGAGAUGGCACUCGCAUCAAAUCGCAGCCUGGCUGAACAAAACCUGGACAUGAAGCCUCGUCUGGAAUCAGAGAAGGAGGUGCUGGUGGAAAGAUAUUCUCACCUAGAGGCCAUCAGAGAAACCUACAGACAACACUGCUCACUGAAAGAUGGGAUGGUGGGUCAGGUGUCUCCAGAGGCAUUGUUCUCCAGACUACAGACAGAAAGCAGCAAAACGGAGGCAGAGUCAGAGGCUCUAGCUGAUGAGUUUCUUGAGGGUUCUCUGCCAUUGGACUCCUUCCUCGAUCGCUUCCUCUCCCUGCGCUCCCUCGCUCACAAAAGACGUGUGCGAAUAGAGAAACUCCAGGAGAUCUUACGACAGAGGAGCGAGGGCAAUCCCAACGCUAUGACAUUAUCAGCAGGCAUCAGCCAAGACCCAGCUGCCAUGCCCUCACCAUGGAAUCAACAGACAACAACAGCAACGACAACAAAUCCGCAGCCAAACGCCAAACCUCAGUCCUCCAGCUACCAAAACGCCUCACAGCCAGCCUCCUCUUCUGCAGGGGGCUCCUCCGGCCUCCCCUAUAGCCCCUACCCGGUCUCCCCACCCAACCCCCCCACUCCGGUGGCAGCAGGAUCCGGCCCGGGAGGCAACCCACCAUCACAGUUUCCUCCAUACCCAAGCUCCGUCUCACCUUUCACCCCAGGAGGGAGCUACUCCGGCCCCAGGCCUGCUUUCGGGCCCCCAGCCUCAGCCGCCUGCCCUUACCCAGCCCAGCCCUCUGGCUCUUUCCCUGCCCCACACCCUGGCUCAGCGUUUGGCCAGUACACCCCAAAUCACCCCCAGAGUGGCCCCGCGCCCUACCCGGCCUCUUACAACUACGGCGGCUACAGCUACCCAGCUGGCUCCACCUAUUCCAAUUCUCAGUCGCCAACAGGGAGACCUAUCUACAGACCUGGAUAUGGAGUUCCACAGCCGUACUCAUGAAAGCACCACUGCUCCGCCGUCUUAAUUCUUCCCUUCUUUGCUAUCUUCCCCCUUUCUCCUCCCUCCCUUCCUCCCUCACUUCCUUCCUCCCUCCCUUAACUCCAGACUCCUACACCUUUGUCCCUCUCCUCCUCGUCUUUGUACCUUUUUCUACCCUCCUUAUUCCUUUCUCCCAUACUGAGAGAGGUCUCUCGCUUUACUUCUGUUUGUUGCACUAUUUCUCUCUUUCUCUAAGUAUCUGUCUAAUGAUCUAUCCGUCUUUCUCUCUUUCCUUUUACCUCUGUCUGUCACCCUACAACCCACCAACUCCCCCACACUAGUCUCAGGUUGUUGCGUUGUGUCUAAGUGUUGAAACACUUGUAUCUGGCCCCUUCAUACACUCCCUCCUCUUUCUUUUCUUGUGUGUAUGUGUUGCUGUUUGGCAAUCAGAGUCCUUAUAAACACACAAGUGCACUCCCCCUUAUGACAUGUACUAUGAAAAAAAAAUGUCUUUGUAACACAAUGUCAGUGUCCAGUAGCUGUCUGACUAGACUCUGUCUGAUUCACAUUGUUAUUCAUGAGCACAGUUUGCAUUGAAAAAAAUGACUCAUAACGGAAGAUUUAUGUACAGGGCUAGUUUUCAAAGUGGAUGGCUUUCACAAAAUAUGGAUCUUAUAUUUAGUUCACUUAAGAUGCAGGGUUUUGAGAGAAGCAUAUUCUCAGCGGUAGCUGCUUGGUCUAUCAGCUCUUCCAGACGCUCACCUACUACAAAUAUAAAUGUGGAAAGUGAAUUUCUUGAUGCACAAUUACCUAUGGACAGUGGGCAAAGGAACCACCAAUAAAUCGAGUCACCCUUUAUUUUUGUCAACCAAAGAACCUUGUGAUAAUGACAGUGCUUUUUCAUUUUUAUUUUUUAUUUAAAUGAUCUCAUCAAAAGAGGGAGACAGCUGUAGCUGUGUGUCAGCUCCUGUACUUCUCUUCCCAUCACUGUAAAGGCCCAGUCACACCACAAUGUGUCCCAGUGAAGUAUGUUAAAGCUUGGUGACGUAGUGACUGGCGGGGCUAGUUGGUGAACUACUGCAGUUGGCCAUUAACAUGCUAGCCAGCUGGCAACAGUAGUAGUGAACCAAGCUUCUUCUCUGUUUUGCCUAUACUGGUUUACUCCCUGUGGUAUUUGCUCUUAGAAAUGUUCAUAUUUCAUUCAUUAACAAGUUACAGAAGAGGAAAAAGGCUCUGUUCAGGAGAGGGAGCUGAUGUUUAGGUACUGUAAAUGAUUGUCAGUAAGCCACGCAGCAGUCUGGUCCAGGACUACACUAAUGAUUUGAGAGCUACCAAGCAGCCCCUGCAACAGUUUUGGAAAUGACCCAAAGCCUGUUUUAUACCACAGUGCAUGCUAGCCCUGCAUUCAAGUCACACAAGUAAGCCACUUUUCCUAAAAAUUAAAAAAAGAGUCAACAAUUGUUUUUUUUGUCUUUGGCCACUUAGUGGCAGUGGAAACCUUUUUCCCCUGUAUCAGUGUAUUAUCACUUCAGAAAGAUGAUAUGCAGAUGGUGUAAACAGUUGCUGCAGCGACUGUCGAGCUUGUUACUGAUUCUCUGUGGGUUUGUCACUUAGAACGACAUAUUUUACAGUGUGCACAAUCAUCUCUUCUUUUAUAGGGAAUUCAAAGUAAUUCCUUCCCCAAGGCGUGUCUCCAUCCCUAGAGCCAAAUCAGGAUGGUAACUGGACAUGUAGGCAGCUGCCAUUUUCAGUUGUUUGCAGUAUGUCAGAAUAUCUUUAUUACAAAUGCAUAGAGCCAGGUAGAUUCACCUGUUUAUCAACACAUGCAAAUCCCACUAAAGCAUGGUGUCUUCUGCUAAAAGCAAGUACAACUGUAAAAUGAAGUGUAUGCAAGGACCUUUUUCUUUAGGGGGAGUUAGGAGUACUGUAGUCCUAUAGGAAGACCCUGACUUGAGACAAUAAUGGAGUCUGUUGUACUCAGACUAGUUUGAACCAAACAUAGUUUCACUUCUUUGUUCCCUCUUUGUCUGUUUCCUCUCUACCAACACUUGUCUGUGCUCCCUGAAGCCUCAUUCCUUCCUCCUCUAUCCUGACCUCUCCAUCACUCACCUUCUCUCCACAUCUGCUUGAUAAAUAUGAACUGAUGCUUGACAGUGACUACUAGAAGAAAAUAGUUUUAUUUCUAUAAGUUCACACUAUCAGUGAGAAUACAUGUGGUGUGUAUAGUUGUUUGGAGUGAAAAUAUAAAGGUUGGUGAUCUGUUCUGUGUCAAUUGAAUCAAUUCAAAUAAUAUAUAAAUGGCCACAUAGGCAGUUGAUGAAAGAUGAUUUAUGGAUCACGGAGAAGUACAUACCACCUCUCUAGUUUCUAUUACACUAACCACCAAACUGUUAUAUCCCAUGCAAUUGUUACCUUGCAAUUGUAACUAAUCAUUCUUUCUCUUUCAUAUCUCUUCUGAGCACUUUGUUAGUAUUAUCCAUAUCUAAAAAGCUAUACAAUUAAAGAUUCUCUUUUAGAUAUUGUUGUAGCACCGCAUUAGACCUAUCAAGUUGUUAAAUUUCCACCCAGCUCAAAACAUCAGUGAAGAUGGAAUUGGACAGUGUUUUGGUAAGAAUAUUAUAAAGUUUGUCCUCAAACCAAUAUGCCAAUAUUGUCACAUACAUAUGUUGGGAAUUUAAUCAAGCUGAAUCAUUCAUUGAUCGAGAUUAAUAUCAAAUUGGUCCCAGCUUCUCAAAUACUGAAGUGCUAGUCACACUCCCAAGAAACAAAGCAUGGAAUCAGUGAGUGAGUUGAAAGGUCAUAAUUCAAUUGGUCGUUAAAAAUCUGUGUAUCAUUCGUUCUUUCCAUUUUCAAUUGGCAAUCAAAAAUCAAAUAAUGAAAAAUUGACUGGUUAUUCUGUUAUUUGUUUUUUUUAUUAUAACACAAAAAAUUGAAAACAUGCUUGUUUUUUCAUAUUUCAAUAUUAGGCUCUGAUCAAAAAUACGAAAUGGAAAAACAGGCACCAGAACUGAAUUUGAUUUUAAUAUUUAAUUGGUCGGGUUUACUUGACCCGCAAGUUUGACUGCGGUCCAGUGAGCCGUCAUUCUCUUCUCCAUAGUCAAACCAGCCGUCCCUAUAUAAUAAUAAUAAUAAUAUAUAAUGUAGUGCGCCUGUAUUGUGAUAUUCACGGUAAAUUCAUUGAGACUGCUCAGAGUGAGUUGACAUGAAGGAUAAACACUUUACUGUCAUUCUUUCUCACUUUUUUUCAGUAUGAAACUCAAAGCCACAGAGAGGAGAUGAAGUAUUAACUUUACAUGAACACACCACGUGAAAUGAUUAAAUUGCGUCGCUCCAAAAAUGUAUUACACAAGUGUUACACAACCAGUCUCAAAUAGCUUACCAGAUACAUAUAGAAAGAAUAUUAAUUGCAAUAUAUUCACAGAACCGUCCACUGUGGAUUUUUUUUAAUAAAACGCAUUUGGAUAUAAACUAUACAGUAAAAUAUUACAUUACAAACUUCCGGGCCACGUAAACCCAUCCAUCCAUCCAUCCAUCCAUUUCCGCUUAUCCGGGGCCGGGUCGCGGGGGUAGCAGGUUAAGCAGGGCAUUCCAGGCGCCCCUCUCCCCAGCCACAACAUCCAGCUCCAAUUAAAUACUAAAAUCAAAAUCAGUCAUGGUGCCUGUUAUUCCAUUUCGUUUUUUUCAUCUGAGCCUAAUAUUUAAAUAUGAAAAACAAGCAUUUUUUUGUGUGUUUUUUGUGUCAUAAUAAAAAAUAGCAAACAAAAUAACCAGUCCAUUUUUCAUUACUAGAUUUUUGAUUGCCAAUUUAAAAUGGAAAGACCGAAUGAUACACGGAUUGCUAAAAUAAAAGUGUAAAUGCAGUGAGUUGAAGACAUUUACAAGGUAGAUGUAAUGUAGCGAGGGCAGUGUGCCAGUCUGCUCUUCAAUUUUAUUUUAAAUCACGAUAUGUGAGAGUUUGUUGGCCAGAGAAUCCAGAAGAGAAUAAUUUGGGGGGGGUUUUGUGUCAGAAUGGACUUUUACCAAGCUUUAAUUUCUGCCCAAGCAUCAGUAAGAAUCUUUCAUUGGUCACAGCUGGAGUUUUAUCAGCAGUAGUGUCACUACAGUAUGAACAAGCAGUCAGUCAGCAAUCUCAUGACAGCCUUUGUCUGUUGAUGCACCCUCCAAAUGCUGACUGGACAUCUAGCCCACGUCAUGCCAACAAGACAACAAUGGUUGGGAAAGUUCUAUAGUAGUGUUUUUAUUAUUAUUUAUAACCAGGUUUGGAGUUUCCUGUUUCAGCUGUUUGUUAUCACCCAAAUCCAUGAAAUGAUAAUUAACUCCAGAGGUGUGUCUACUUUGGUUUUCUGUUAAACUGCCUGAAUGGUCGUCUGAGUGCUCGUAUGGUUUAUCUGAAUGAACUCAGUUAUAAAGUUUAUCUAUCACAUCCACUGAUCUCAGCAGCUUUCCUGGCAGUUAUCAUAUCAGAUCAAAUGAUGGGCAACAUGAUGAAAAUAAGACCAGGUGUUUUUUUUUUUUUUUAAAAGAUGUAAGUCAUUUAACUGUCUUUCUAUUGCUACCUUCUCUGAUGCCAAGUGCUCAUGAAUCAAAAAUUUUUAGCCUCACUUUUUGUUCCCAAUGUUUUUUUUCAUAUUCAGAGCUAAAUGUGUACAUUAAUUAUGUGCUAUAAAAAUAAAGAAUAAUGAAGUCUU